UUACUUUUACUUUGAGGUUAUGUCUCUGGUUUCUGGUUUGCAACACGUGCUCAUGCAGUUUUUAAAACUAUUACUCCUGAUUAAUUAAUUGUUUGACAAUAACUCUUUGCAUAAGGUUUACUAUUUUGAAUUAAAUAAUUUCGGCAUUGGUAUGAAUAAUAUUUUUUCAGUAUGCUCAAUGUAAACUUUAAAUGCUAUUUUGCUCAACAUUAGCUUGAACAUAAUAUGCCGUUAUGCAAUAAUUUGUAGACUAUCAUAAAACUUGGAUGACCACGUGGCGAACUUCUUUCCAUUCUAGAAGGAAUCACAAGUAAACCAUCCAUAGAAACAGCAUGGUGUUGUUGACCAGAUGAGAAUAACAUGCUGUUAUUUGGUGCAACUUGCAAUGAAAAUGGAGCCCACGACCAACAACACCACCACCACCAACACCACCACACCCCCGCCGACACCACCACCCGGUGCCUGAGGAGGCCCUGGGCUUCAACUGUACGUGAAAUGUUUGUUCCUCAGGCACCCCACCCCACCGAGAAAAAGAAGACUCCCCCGCCUACCCAUUCACUUCUACCACAGUCACAUCAUCACCACCACCACCACCACCACCCCCACCGUUGAACACUCUAUAUGAAUCCCUGGAUUCAUUACCAGGGAUUCUCACACCAAACCCCCCUCCACCCCUGCCACUAUGUUUUAUAAGAUCCCCCCUAUCAUCCUCCAUCCUUUACACAACUCCCACCAACAACACCACCAACAUAGUGAUAAUGGUGGAGCUCCACCACUAUCACCAUUACCCCCAUCCACCUUAGUGAUGAUGAUGGGGGUAAUGUUGUGAAUAUUGUAUAGUCUAAGUUAUAUAUAGUUUUCUCCAAUAAUUUUUUUUUAUACAGAAAAAAUUGUUGUUUCUUUGAUAUUUUAUUCCAAUGAAAUAUAAUUUGA